AUGGGUGCUAGUUGGACACAGAGCUGGAAGGAGGAGUUCAAAGCUCACAAACUCCACCUUCUCACCUCUAAACCAGAGCUGCUUCUUCAGCCACGGUGGGAGAUUCCUCCAUUGUUGUGGCUUCUGUACAAAUGUUUUAUGCUGGUCUACACCUUCAGCUGGUUUAUCUACACGGCUCUUCUCUUCGACACACCUAAAUUCCUCAUAUUUCUCAGCCAUAUCUCAUACUGUCUUAUGGUUAUCUACUAUCUGGUUUCUCUCUGUAAUCUGGCCUGGGCUUUCUUGGAAAUCAGAUGCUCCUCUCACAGAAUGAAAAGAGGUGUCAGUAGUGAAUGUGAGAGCCUCCUGUCUCUUCCCGUCCCUCUCACCGCUGCUCUCUGUCUGCAGUGGCUCCUGCAUUCUGUAAUGGGCUGUUUUUCAUUAACUGUCUCCUUUCUAUACUGGACCAUAAUCCACCCCUUUGAUCAGCACUCCUUCACAGCCUUCAACAUCAACAUCCAUGUUAUCAACAGCAUCCAGAUCGCUGUGGAUCUGUUGUUGUCCUCCACACCUGUUCAUCUCAUCCACUUCUUCUAUGCUGUGCUGGCCGGAGCUCUUUAUGUCAUAUUUGCUGUUGUUUAUUGGCUAAUGGGUGGCACAAACAUGUUUGGUCAACCUUACAUCUACAGCAUUCUUGAUUUCAGUGGGCGCCCCCUAGUGGCAACACUUUGCAUUCUGGGAGUUUGUCUGCUUUGUUUUCCAUCCUGUCACUUUGUGCUGUGGAACCUGCACUUACUGUGGGAGUGGAUGGUGAGCAGAGAGAAAGCGAGGAGAAUUGCUUUAAGGAGGGAGGUUUGGUGGUGUGUGAAGGUGUCUGGAGGAACAACCUUUGACCUCGUGCCUUCCCUGGAUCCAGCAGCCUCUGUGUUUGACCCGAGCAGGAGGACAGACAUGAUGGAGGAACAACAGUCACAAUCACUCACUCUUGUUUGA